AUGGACGCGAAGGAGGACGUGGACAGCUUGAAACACGCGUUGGCACGAAGUCAGAGGGAAACUGCCGCCGAGAAGCGUAGAGCGGAUGAAUAUCUCAAACAGGCCCGAGACCAGCAAGAACGGCUGGCAUUAAACGAGAAGAAUGCGAAGGAGCAGGAGGAGAACUAUAAAGUGGAGCUGGCGCGAGUUAUGAGAGAAACGCAGCGAGAAAAGCUUAGAGCAGAACGAUGCUUCAAAUUUGCCAGAGACAAGCAGACAUUGGCAAAGGAGCUUCAAGAUGCGCUGGAUCAGGAAAAGGAACGACGUAAGCAUCAUGAAGAAGAGGCACGUCAAUUGCAGCGGGAAAGGGAUGCACUCAAGAAGGAGGCGAGUACACUUUCAAUUCGAGCGCAAUGA